GUGAGUUCGCCACUGGCACUUAAUAGCCAUAUUUGUAUUGUUGUCUGUUUUGGGGGAACAGGAGUGGAACAAAUUUUAUUUUCUUUUUCCUUGUGUGCGGGAAAGCUUUUAAUUCGGGGGGAAAAUGGCAGAUACUAAAGUAGAUACCAGUUCCGAGAGUCCCGCCAAGGACCUUAAGGAAAAAAGGGAAGCUGUUGAAGAUGCAGAAAAUGGCAGAGAUGCACCAAAUGGAAAUGCAGAAAAUGAGGAAAAUGGUGAACAGGAGGCAGAAAAUGAAGUAGAAGAUGAUGAUGAGGAAGAUGUUGGAGAUGAUGAAGAGGAUGAUGAUGGUGAUGACGACGAAGAUGAUGACGAAGGUGAAGGAGCAACAGGAAAAAGAGCUGCAGAUGAUGAUGAGGAUGAUGAUGUUGAAACAAAGAAGCAGAAAACGGAUGACUAGACAGGCUGCUCCUCAGACAACCUCGACUCUCCCUGUUCCGAAGCAAAUAUGUCUGUUGGAAAGGAAAAACGUGGUCAUCUUCACCAAGUAGAGUAAAACGUCCAUGAAAACACACCACCUGCAAAUUUUUUAAAGAAUCAACCAAGACUUCAAGGCUCUACCUUCUUUCUUAAAUACUUUAAAUGAGAAUUUGUUUGUAUUUUUAUUUACAUUUUAUAUUUUUGUACAUAUUGUUAGAGGUCAACCAUUUUUAACAGUGAUCUCUGGUGACCAAACGGUGCUUUGAAGUUGAUGCUUCUCUAUAAAAUAGACUUUACUUGUGGUUUGACCAUGUCCUGUUAUCUCAACAGAACUUGUAAAAAGAAAAAGAGGAAAUAUUCCAAGCAUUCCAGUAAUUUUUUUUGUGUAUGUACUUUAGUUGUACUAUAAGUAGUUGGUUUGUAUGAGAUGGCAAGGCCAAAGAAAAGGAUUUUUUUGUCUAUGAAAUUACUGUUUAUUGUGGCCUAUUUGAUGUAUGUGUGAAUCAGUUUGUUGUCCAACAAUAAACCGGAAUUUUAUUUUGA